UCCUGGGGGUGCCAUAAGCCCGGCACCCCCUCUCUAACUUCCAGCCACCCCACUUCAUCUUCUAGAACGGCCUGAAGGAAGGAUAUUGGAGGGAAGUGAGCGGGAAGAGCGGCCGUGCGCCAGUGGCAAGAGCGAGAAAAAGUUUUUGCAAAAGGAAAAAAAAAAGUUUGCGCUUCUCGCGGGUGGUCCCGGCUCGCAGCCCGGCGGGCUGGGCCGGCGGGAGGGCUGGGGGCCAGGUUGGGGGGGUGGGGUGGCACUGAAGCUGCGCUGCAGUGGCCCUGUCGCCCCCCUCCCCGCCGCACACCCCCCAGCCCAGUUUCCAACCCUGGACCACGCAUCCCGAGCCCUGCGCCCCGACGGAGUCUGUCUGUCUUGGGUCUCUUUGUACUCUCCCACAUAUUAGAAAUAUCUCCCUUUCUUGAGGUUGGCAUGAAGAGGCUGUUGGGACGGCCAGCUGGAGGUCUGCGUGGUAGACGGAACUCCAGUGCCCCUCGUUCUUCCCCGAGACACCAUGUUCAACUCCAUGACUCCACCCCAAGUCAAUAGCUAUGGUGAGCCAUGCUGUCUCCGACCCCUCCCCAGCCAAGGGGUCCCCAGCAUGGGGACAGAAGGAUUUUCUGGUUUGCCCUUUUGCCACCAAGCCAACUUUAUGUCAGGGCCCCAGGGUUAUGGGUCUGCCAGAGAGACCAGCGGCUGUACUGAGGGGCCACUCUUUCCUCCUUCCCGGAGUUCAGUCAAACUGACAAAGAAGCGGGCACUCUCCCUCUCACCUCUGUCUGACGCCAGCCUGGAUCUACAAACAGUUAUCCGUACCUCGCCCAGCUCCCUUGUGGCAUUCAUCAACUCACGCUGCACAUCUCCUGGAGGUUCCUAUGGCCACCUCUCCAUUGGCACCAUGAGCCCAUCUCUAGGAUUCCCACCCCAGAUGAGCCACCAAAAAGGGACUUCGCCUUCCUACGGUGUCCAGCCCUGUGUUCCACAUGAUUCCACUCGGGGUGCGAUGAUGCUGCGUCCUCAGUCCCGAGGACCACGUCCGACCUGCCAGGGCAGAAGGACCGGCAAGCUUUUCCUUCUGACUACUCCAUCCUCAUUACCCUCACCUCUUCCCCCGGGGAAGCUGAAGUCAGAGCUGGACAUGCUGGUGGGCAAGUGCCCAGAGGAGCCUCUGGAAGGUGACAUGUCCAGCCCCAACUCCACGGGCACACAGGAUCCCCUGCUGGGGAUGCUGGAUGGGCGGGAGGACCUGGAGGAGAAACCUGAGCCUGAGUCCGUGUAUGAGACUGAUUGCCGCUGGGAUGGCUGCAGCCAGGAGUUUGAUUCCCAGGAGCAGCUGGUGCAUCAUAUCAACAGCGAACACAUCCAUGGGGAGCGGAAGGAGUUCGUGUGCCACUGGGGGGGCUGCUCCAGGGAGCUGAGGCCUUUCAAAGCGCAAUACAUGCUGGUGGUGCACAUGCGCAGACACACGGGCGAGAAGCCGCACAAAUGCACGUUUGAAGGGUGUCGGAAGUCGUACUCACGUCUUGAAAACCUGAAGACUCAUCUUCGGUCGCACACGGGUGAGAAGCCUUACAUGUGUGAGCAUGAAGGCUGCAGCAAGGCCUUCAGCAACGCCAGCGACCGCGCCAAGCACCAGAAUCGGACGCACUCCAAUGAGAAGCCAUAUGUGUGCAAGCUCCCUGGCUGCACCAAGCGCUACACAGAUCCCAGCUCACUCCGCAAACACGUCAAGACAGUGCAUGGUCCUGAUGCCCACGUGACCAAGCGGCAUCGAGGGGACGGCCCGUUGCCACGGGCACCGUCCCUUUCCACAGUGGAACCCAAGCGGGAAAGGGAAGGAGGACCCAUAAGGGAAGAGAGCAGACUGACCGUGCCCGAGGGUGCCAUGAAACCGCAGCAGAGCCCUGGAGCACAGUCCUCCUGCAGCAGUGACCACUCCCCAGCAGGCAGUGCAGCCAAUACUGACAGCGGUGUGGAAAUGACCGGCACUGCGGGGGGCAGCACUGAGGACCUGUCCAGCCUGGAUGAAGGGCCUUCUGUUGCCGGCACUGGACUGUCCACUCUUCACCGCCUGGAGAACCUCAGGCUGGAUCAGCUGCAUCAGCUCCGGCCAAUAGGAUCCCGGGGUCUCAAACUGCCCAGCUUAACCCAUGCUGGCACACCCACGUGUCGCCGGCUGGGCCCCCCAGGCUCCCUUGACCACCGCAGCAGCAGCUCCAGCAGCAUCAGCUCUGCCUACACAGUCAGCCGCCGCUCCUCCCUGGCCUCCCCUUUUCCACCGGGAUCCCCACCGGAGAAUGGCGUGUCGUCCCUUCCUGGCCUCACACCUGCCCAGCACUACAUGCUCCGUGCAAGAUACGCUUCAGCCAGAGGGAGUGGCACCCCACCUACUGCAGCACACAGCCUGGAUCGGAUGGGAGGUCUUUCUGGACCUCCUUGGAGAAGCCGCGCUGAGUACCCAGGAUACAACCCCAAUGCAGGGGUCACCCGGAGAGCCAGUGACCCAGCCCGGGCUGCUGACCAUCCUGCUCCAGCCAGAGUCCAGCGGUUCAAGAGCUUGGGAUGUGUCCACACGCCCCCUAGUGUAACAACUGGGCGUAACUUUGAUCCCCACCUCCCUACCUCUGUGUAUUCACCACAGCCCCCCAGCAUCACUGAAAAUGUUGCUAUGGAUACCAGAGGGCUACAGGAGGAGCCAGAAGUUGGAACUUCCAUGAUGGGCAAUGGUCUAAAUCCAUACAUGGACUUUUCAUCUACAGAUACUCUGGGAUAUGGGGGACCUGAGGGAACGGCGGCUGAGCCCUACGGAGCUAGGGGCCCAGGUCCACUGACCAACUAUGGCCCUAGCCACUGUCAUCAGCAGGCCUCCUAUCCUGACCCCACCCCAGAAUCAUGGACUGAGUUCCCUUCCCAUUCUGGAAUGUGCCCUGGCACUAAGGCUCCAAAUGAAGCCUAUAGCCAGUGUCCUCCUCGACUUGAACAUUAUGGACAAGUGCAGGUAAAACCAGAACAAGGGUGCCCGGUGGGGUCUGACUCCCCUGGACUGGUACCCUGCCUCAACGCCCACCCCAGUGGGGGGUCCCCAGGUUCACAACCUCCAUUUUCCCAUUAUCCCCAACCCCCUCCUCCCCAGUAUCCCCAGUCGGGUCCCUAUCCUCGGUCUCCCCCUGAUUAUCUUCCAUCAGAACACAGGCCUGGCCUCGAUCUUGGCUCCCUCUCUCACCCCACGGGACAGCUCAAAGCUCAGCUUGUGUGUAGUUAUGUUCAGUCGCAGCAGGAACUGUUGUGGGAGGACAAGGGCCGGGGAGGGCUCCCCACCCAGGAACUUCCAUAUCAGAGCUCCAAGUUUCUGGGGGGUUCCCAAGCUAAUCAGAGCCCUGCCAAAGGGCCAGCAGCUAUGUACGGAUCAGGCUUUGCACCUACCCUGGCCAAUCACAAGCCAGGCUCCUUUCCUACCCCCUCACCAUGCAAUGAGACUUUUGGAGUUGGGGUAAACAGGCCUUCCCAUAGGCCAGCAGCAGCACCACCACCCCGGCUUCUGCCCCCACUGCCCUCUUGCUAUGGAUCCCUCAAGGUGGGGGGCACCAACCCCAGCUGUGGCCAUCCUGAAGUGGGCAGGUUGGGAGCAGGUCCUGCCUUGUACCCUCCCCCAGAAGGACAGGUGUCCAACCCUCUGGACUCUCUUGACUUGGACAGCACUCAGCUGGACUUCGUGGCUAUUCUGGAUGAGGCCCAGGGGCUGAGUCCUCCUUCCCAUGAGCAAGGGGACAGCUCUAAAAAUACCCCAUCUCCCUCUGGGCCCCCCAACAUGGCAGUGGGUAACAUGAGUGUGUUACUGGGGUCUCUGCCUGGAGAGACACAAUUCCUCAACUCCAGUGCCUAGAAGGAUAAGGCAUCCCAAGCACAUCGGUGUUUCCUAGAUGGCUACAUGAGGUGCCCAGGGAUGGCAGGACUGGGCUGGGGGCUGUAUUUAGUCUCUGUGUGUUCCAGGAAAACACUUUAAUAACGACAG